AGUGCUGCUCAGAGCCCGCCAGCCACGGUCUCGGGCGCCAGCUACGCCGCUGCCGCUGUCACUAUGGCCCAUUACAAAGCCGCCGACUCGAAGCGCGAGCAGUUCCGGAGGUACUUGGAGAAGUCGGGGGUGCUGGACACGCUGACCAAGGUAUUGGUAGCCUUAUAUGAAGAACCAGAGAAACCUAAUAGUGCUUUGGAUUUUUUAAAGCAUCACUUAGGAGCUGCUACCCCAGAAAAUCCAGAAAUAGAGCUGCUUCGCCUAGAAUUGGCAGAAAUGAAAGAGAAAUAUGAAGCUAUUGUAGAAGAAAAUAAAAAACUGAAAACAAAGCUUGCUCAGUAUGAACCACCUCAGGAGGAGAAGCGUGCUGAAUAGGAUUCUUCUCAGUUGAAAAGACACUGAAAAAAUGGUUUUGUAUGACUUGAAUAGUUUGUAUAGUAUAUAAUCUUUUCUGAACAGAUGCUCUAGAACUCUUUUAAUAUGUUGAAUUCACCUAUCACACUUUAACUGUUAUAAACACAUAUACUUAGAAUCACCAAUAAAAACUCAAUAUAACUUUCUUUGGGUCUUAAAAGCAGGAGAAUCCAAAGUGAAUCCUGAAAAAAAAAAAAAUCUAAACACAGCCAUCUAAUUCAUUACCUUAAAAGACAUUCUGUUUAUUAAUCUGACUAGGAAUGAUGGUACUGGUUGUAUUUUAGCCAAGGAAGUUCAGCAUGGAGCUGUUCCUUGGUUUAGUGCAGGAUAUGAACACAGGUAUAGUCAUUCUUUAAAAUGAAGAUGACUGUUGUUUAUAUCCUCUGUAGGCAGCUGUGUGACAGAAGAUGCUUUUGCACGGGUUCCCAUGAAUCUUCUGCUCUUGUUUAUAUAAUGUGGAACAAAUAACUCUUCUUUGCCACCACUUUGCCUUAGAUAACCAUGUGUGUGCCAGUCUGAGCUCUGACACCACGUUUCCUUCUAUGCAAUCAUGCCCUAUCUGAUGAUGUUGCCUUGCUUUGCUCUGUGCUUCAGUGGGUCCUAGCUGCACUUGGCCUGUGUUGUUUUUCAAUUUGCCAUACUAGUAGUUACCCUGAUUGUAAUUUAUAUAACUUCAAACAGGAUCACACUGUUCCCCUGCCUUACUUAGUUGCUUAGUUGAGCAGAGAACUGAGGCAAUAUAAAAUUCUGGGUUCAUGCACAAGCUGGGAUAAGACGGGGAAUGAGCCAUAUAUCGUGGAAAAUUAUAGUCUGCGGGUAUAAUUAUAUAGUGCUUUUUUCCCUCAAAGUAUUUUUCUAGCCUUGAAUUCAUUUUAUCUUCAUUAUCCCUGUGAAGUAGGUAGGGCAAGUAUGAGCCGAGGUCGGGUGCUGAAUUUUUAGGCCAAAGACUGAUAUUAAUACAAAUUAUUUACUAACUGUAGAACCUUGGGCACUUCAGUUAACUGCUCUGAGAUUCACUUUCCUCAUCUGUUAAAUGAGAAGAAUAAGAUCAGUGCUGCCUACCUCACAGGGUUGUUGUGAGGGUCAAAUGGAAUGUAUGUGAAAGAACUGUAAAUGGUAAAGCACUAUAUUCGUGUUUGUUAGUCCUUUUCCUUUCUUUUGGAAGACCUACAGUCAGAUGUUCCAUUUUGUUGGUCACUUAUUUUCCUUACUGACUGAUUUGACAUUAUUAAGAGUCAUCCUAUUUUGUAUAUUCUAAUCCUAUUGUUAGAGAACCUGUCUUUACUCUUCCGUCAAAACACACGUAGAAAACAGAACGCUCCAGUGAAAGCUGAUUUAACUAGCAAAAGCCUUAGCACUUGCUGGAAACUGUGACCAAGCUAACUGUAAGGGCAUUUUAAUCAGUCAUGUUGGCAAGAAUGUGGCAAUGGUCUGUGUGUCUUCUAGUCACAAGUUUGUUUUUGGAGGGGGGCCAGAUCCUGUUGGAAGAACAUUCACUUGAAUCAGUUUAUCUUUUACCAAUUUGAGUGCCUCCUACAUGCUCAGCAGUAGGCUGAGUGCUGGGUGUUACAGAGAUGAAUGACUUGAAGUUAGUUAUAAGACAUGUACAUAAGCAAUUACAAUGUGGGUAAUAAGUGCUAAGAACCAUAAGAACAAUAAAACUUGGCCCCAUGGGGAUUUUGAAAGAGA